UAUAAAAUUGUAGUUGGAUUUUUAAAUAAAGAAUUUCUACUUGUUUGUUGUACUGUGCGUGCUUUUCGUAAAUCGACUAAAUAAUUAAGGUUUUUGCAAAAACAACAAAGAAACCGAGCGCCGCUGAUGUAGUUUCUACUGUAAACAUGCAAUCUGAAUCUCAAAAAGCAAUGGAUAGUAUUGAUAAAAUCGGCAAACACAAGCAAUCUGGAGAAUCUCAAGGGUCCUGCUAUUGCGGGAAAGAUAGAAAUCUCAACAUCGCAGAGCUGCUGUGUGCAUCUUGCAAUCGGUGGUUUCACGAAUCAUGCAUCGGUUAUCAGUUGGGGAAGCUGGUUCCUUUCAUGACAAACUACUUGUUUAUUUGCAAGAACUGUUCACCAACUGGCUUGGAAACUUUCAAGAAGAAUCAAGCUCCAUUUCCUCAAAUGUGUCUUACGGCAAUAGCUAAUUUAAGACAAGAAAGUGUGAAAGACGGAAGCAACAAGAUGUUAUUUAGUAAAGACCGUGAGAUUAUACCGUACAUUGAUCAGUAUUGGGAAGCCAUGACUACAAUGCCUAGAAGAGUGACCCAGUCAUGGUACGCAACCGUCCAAAGGGCCCUCAUCAAAGACAUCCAAGUUCUCUUCACGUACGAAGAGGACCAGACUCAGGGCUCCAUGUAUGGCCUGUUCAACAUGGAGCUGACUGCGAUCAAGCCGAACUACGAAGCGAUGAUCAAACAAGGUCAGCUCAAAGUUACCGACAUGGGAAUAGCAACCAUCCCUCUGGCAGGCAACGUAAAGGGGCGGCAAGGCAAGCGGCGCCCUGCAGUGGGAGGCCUGGACGCCGGCGCCCCAGUUGGCAAGAAGGGGCGCUCGGCCGACUUAAGUGCCCUGAAGCUGCCUUCACAUGGGUACCCCACGGAGCACCCUUUCAAUAAGGACGGGUACCGGUACAUACUCGCCGAACCGGACCCCCACGCGCCUUUUAGACAAGAGUUCGACGAAAGCAACGAAUGGAGCGGCAAACCGAUACCCGGGUGGUUGUACCGAUCCCUAUGCCCGGGUAUCGUGUUACUAGCACUGCACGACAGAGCACCACAGCUGAAGAUAUCCGAAGACCGUUUAGCUGUGACUGGGGAGAAAGGAUACUGCAUGGUGCGAGCUACGCAUGGCGUGUCCCGCGGCUGCUGGUACUGGGAGGCGAGCGUGGAGGAGAUGCCUGAAGGCGCGGCCACGCGGCUGGGCUGGGCGCGGCGCUACGCCAACCUGCAGGCGCCGCUCGGAUACGACAAGUUCGGCUACUCCUGGCGAAGCCGCAAAGGCACCAGAUUCCACGAGUCCCGCGGCAAGCACUAUAGUUCCGGCGGUUACGGCGAGGGCGACACGCUGGGCUUCCUGGUGCGCUUACCAGACAGCCGCCGCGAGUAUACGCCCAACACUUACAAGGACCGCCCUCUAGUCAAAUUCAAGAGCCACCUCUACUAUGAAGAUAAGGACAACAUCCAAGAAUCUCUGAACAAUCUCAAGCCUCUCCCGGGCAGCAAGAUAUACUUCUUCAAGAAUGGCGAGUGCCAGGGCGAGGCAUUCGCAGAUAUAUACCAGGGCUGCUACUACCCGUCUGUGUCGUUGCAUAAGAACGUCACUGUUAGCGUCAACUUUGGCCCCAACUUCAAGUAUCCGCCUCCGAUUGAAUACAACUAUCGACCGAUGUCCGAGAAAGCAGAAGAAGCUAUAUGCGAGCAGACCAUGGCCGACCUGCUAUACCUUACCGAGAAGGAGGGAAAGCUACGCCUAGACAACUUCAACCUCUGAUACAACUAACACCGUUCCGGCGGUGUGUGUGACUGGACACUGUGUGUGAAUGUGCUGGUGAUAGUGCUGAUUAUGUAUGAGUAAGAGUAAUUAUGUAUGUAUUAAUAUUAAAUAAUAUUUUACAAUUCUU